GCCCACCUACAUGCAAAUUUCUCAUAUUCCAUACAAUCAUAAUCAUACUCGAGACCAUGGAAACUGGACUUCCAGCUGAUGAAACUCAAGUUAGGCUUCAGGGGAAGGGUAGUGCAAUGGCAGUGUCAUGGGUUCUCGGUGUUGGAGCACUAGCCUCGCGAAAUAGUAUUUUCACAAUAGGAGAUUACUACUACAAAUUGUUUCCAGAUUACCAUCCAGACCGAGUACUGACACUCGUAUACCAGACAUUAGCACUAUCAGCAAUGAUACUUUUCACUUACAAAGAAUCAAAGAUAAACACAAGGCGUCGCAACAUGUCUGGUUACAUCCUAUUCUUUCUAACUACUCUGGCACUUGUUCUGUUGGAUCUAAUUACAUCAGGGAAAGGGGGUACCCGAAAUUAUAUUGUCAUUUGUGUUUUUGUGGCUGCUUUUGGAGUAGCAGAUGCUCAUGUUCAAGGAGGCAUGGUAGGAGACCUAUCUUUGAUGUGCCCCGAGUUUGUCCAGUCCUUCUUUGGUGGAAUGGCUGCAUCAGGGGCCCUUACAUCUGCUCUCAGGUUAAUCACAAAAGCAGCAUUCGAAAAAUCAGACAGUGGUCUGCGGAAAGGAGCCAUCAUGUUUCUUGCCAUAUCUACUUUGUUGGAACUAGUUUGCAUAUAUCUUUAUGCAUACGUCUUCCCUAAUCUACCAGUUGUUAAAUAUUACCGCACAAAAGCUGCAUUAGAAGGAUCCAAGACUGUUUCAUCCGAUCUUGUGGCUGCUGGCAUCCAAACAAACGCAAGUGAACAGGAUGUUCUGAAACCGAGGGAGAGCCUGUGUAAAAAGGAAUUGCUCUUUCAGAAUAUUGAUUAUGCAGUUGAAAUAUUUCUUAUAUUUUUACUCAGUUUGUCAAUUUUCCCAGGAUUCCUCUAUGAAAACACUGGUAAACAUCAUUGGGGAUCAUGGUAUCCGCUAGUUCUCAUUGCAGUAUUUAAUUUGUGGGAUCUAAUUGGACGAUACAUCCCUCUGAAAAAUUCCAUCAAAAUGGAGAGUCGAAAAGGCCUUCUGCUUGCAACACUAUCUCGAUUUUUACUUGUCCCUGCAUUUCAUUUUACUGGAAAAUAUGGGAAUCCUGGGUUGAUGUUGUUUCUCGUUUUGUUCUUGGGAUUAAGUAAUGGUUAUCUAACUGUAUGUGUCAUGACAGUAGCUCCUAGAGGUUACAAGGGUCCAGAGCAAAAUGCAUUAGGAAAUUUACUAGUGUUAUGCCUUUUAGGAGGAAUAUUUGCAGGCGUGUCACUCGAUUGGCUAUGGCUUCUUGAUUGAAACAACUUUUGUUAUGGCGGAUUAAAACUCAUGAAUUAUAUUGCAAUAGAGAUAAAAGACUGUGCACAUGAUAAGAACAUUAAGUGUUAGACAAUUGGCUAUCUGAUCAGCAAGAACACUGUUAUUGUUUCCAUCAUUAUUCUAUAAGGAUUUUUCUAGUGUGUGCCUUCAAAAAUCCGUUGUAUAAAUUGUAUUUCAAAAUCAAUAUACUUACUCUCACCUUCAAACAUUG